UUUUGAAUGAGGAAGAAGCGGGAGAUGUUAUUCUUCAACGAGUUUAUAUUGAAUUUAUAGUCACGUUGAGGACAUAUAAAUGAGUUAGGGUGUGACUCAAAAUGAUAGCCGUUUUUCCGAACGCAUUGGUUGCGACUUAUCGCAUCCCCGUUGGAAUUUAAACACACUUUCAUAAAUUAGCCGUGUAGCUAACAACGUUAGCUAGCAAGGUAGUUAGCGUAAUGUGCUAGCUAGACAGCUAGCUAAUUCUAAGCUAACUAGCUAACGGUUAGUUGUAAUCUUGGGACAGUAAAUUGGUGUUUGCGAGGAGUUUUCGCCUUUGAAACAGCCUCCGCUAACCUAUAUCAGUCGAAUGAAGCACAUUAGCUUAAUUUGGUUUGACUAUAUUGACAGGUAGCCUGAAAGCAGCUUUAGCGAUUUAUCUUUAAACCAGCGGCGUUAUUUCUAAAACUUUUGAGCCAUGUUGAAUAAAAUCUACGAAUGGAUAGAAACGAGCUUUGCCAAUCUUCGCAAUGGUGUACCAGCUGCGGAGCACUCACAUGCACACCGGGCUGCGAGAGAUGGUCAAGUGAGGAGGAAAAGACCAAUUGAAUGUUUGGAAGAUGGCCAUGAAAUCGACCAAGAUGGCUUAAUGAUAAAGAGAUCACGAAUGGGGGAUCUUAUUGACACAGUCAAGAGUGCAGCUGAAGGGGUUAAGAGCCAUAGUUCCAGUGUGGCUACAUGGAUGAGGAACAAUGUCAGUCCUACCUUAAGAAAUAUACUGCCUACCUCCCCUGGUCCACCACCUGGAGAGCCUCAGCCACAGCCCUCAACUUCAGCAGCAGUCUGGACAGGGAGGCCGAUUGUUGACAGGAAUUCUCUGGGUGAGACGUUUGCUGCUCCCUCGACAACGUUGGAGUGGAAAACAUCCAAAUCAGAGUGGUUGCGUAAUGAGAAGUCCAUUGUGGGAUCCAAAGUCUGUAGACGACAAGUGUGCAUGAGUCCUACACAUCGUGAGGCGCCAAAAACGAACGGGCACUCGGUCAACUUGCCACCCUCCGUCGCUCCCAAAUUGCACUCUUCUCCAAGGCUAGGCAGGCCCCUAAACCUUCGACCAUACGUCCCACCAAGUGUGUUGGGAGGAAUGGGCACAACAAGCAGCUCCACCACCAGCAUGUAUGAGAAGACCUUUCCCAUCAAAGUGGUGCAGAGCCCAACACACAGCACCUCAUCAGCCCGCUUACACAGGACCAGGCCCCGGUGCACAGCACAAGAGUCUGUUCGUGAGGAGGAGAAGGAGGUCUACAGGCAGCUUCUGACCAUGGUCUCUGGUGGUCAGUCUUUCCUUCAGAAUGGCAGCUCACACACUAUUGUGAGGUCACACAGAGAUUUCACCAGCUUCCUGACCACCAGCCGCAGACUGCUGCAGUUCUCUUCCCCAGAUGGGUCAGCAGCAGAAGGAACUUCAGAAGGUCCCAGCAGCCCCUCCAGCCCCAGGGGAGUAUCUAGCCAGUGCUCCAGCAACCUUCCCAGCCCACUGGGGGCCUCCAGCAAGCCAGGGAUCCAGACGUGGUCUCUGGACACGGACCUCAGCUCAAGCAGAGCAGCUACUCUCACAUCAGUUCCUUCUCCAUCAGCUCUGCAGGAUAACUCCUCUCAGGACACACAGUCAUCAGCUCAUGAUGGUGACUCUGUAAUUAUUGUAAAUGAACAAAAAGGCAAAAAGCAAGACAACUCCAGUGUGCCAUGUUUCCAAGCUGAGUUAUGGAUCAAAGAAUUGACAAGUUUGUAUGACUCCCGGGCAAGAAAAAGACGGAGACAGAUAGAAGAGCAGGAGGCCCUGGCUGCCCUGCUGCUGCGACAGCGCCUGUCUGAAGAGGGGCAACGUAGUCGAGAUGUGGAGGUCCACGUUCGAGUUCCGUUGGAGAAAGAGGUUCCUCUGACUCUUGUGAUUGAAGAAGCGAAGCCUUUGGAUGAGAAACCAGAAUUCCCUGAACUCACAGAGGAAAUGGAGGUUGAGGUAAACAGGGUGCUGAGAGGCGGUAGUCCUCAUGAAGUAUUAAGUGAAGGAUUUUGUCUCAGCCUUACACGUAAAGACCUGCAAACCCUCAGCAACCUCAACUGGCUCAACGAUGAGGUCAUCAACUUUUACAUGAACAUGCUGGUUGAGCGCAGCAAAGACCCCAGCCUGCCAUCAGUCAAUACGUUCAACACGUUUUUCUAUCCUAAGCUACACAGCAGCGGCUACUCUGCUGUUCGCCGUUGGACCAAAAAGAUGGACAUCUUUUCUAAAGACAUCCUGUUGGUUCCUGUCCACUUGGGGGUGCACUGGUGCCUCUCUGUUGUGGAUUUCCGCAAAAAAGCCAUCAUGUACUUUGAUUCUAUGGGAGGAAACAAUGACGAAGCUUGCGAAACAUUGUUUGAAUACCUGCAACAGGAAAGUAAGGACAAGAAGGGCAAAGAACUGGAUACCUCAGGCUGGACGCUGCACAGCAAAAAGCGCAACGAAAUCCCACAGCAGAUGAAUGGUAGCGACUGUGGAAUGUUCACAUGCAAAUAUGCAGAUUACAUUACCAAAGACAAGCCAAUCACGUUCACACAGAAACACAUGCCCUACUUCAGGAGACGGAUGGUUUGGGAGCUUGUGAACCACAAGCUGUUGUGAUGUUAAGGAGACAGUUAUGAACUUGUACAGCUGGCUCACAAAGUCGCGAUGAAGGUUGAGCUACAUUCACCAGGAGGAUGCAUUGACAGUCGUCCUUAUUCUGGGAAAGACUUGCACACCAGCUCCGAUCAGACAGAUCAGAAACCACCAGGAGCACCAAUCACUGCCUCCCUGUCCUCUUCUCCACUUCUUUGUUUUUCGGUGCACUCGUGGAGCAUCAGUACAGCAGUUGAAACACUGCGUGUUUUAUAUUGCCCAGCCAGAACUGUUUUUGAAAUAACACUUGUACCGACUUACAAAUCAUACUCUGAGAUGCAAUGCUUGUUCGACGUUUUUGUUGUUUACACGAGCAUAUUAUGCUGCAUUGUUGUAUAUUUUGAUGUCAGCAUAAAUGUUUGAUACUUUGGUAACGUCCAAAGGAAAUUUGGCUUUACCAAUACGACAUGAUUACCCACAAAACUGACAUUUUGCGGCUACAACCUGUCUGUCUGUAGGUGGGCACGAUACUUCGUCUUAAGGUUUUGUUUGUUUGUUUUGGUUCUUUAUGCAAAAGGGCUGCAACCGGCGAUUAUACUUGAUUAUUCUGUACAGUGGUCUUAAUUGAUGAGUCACUUUAUGUUCAGUACCACAGAAUUGGGAGAAGGGCCAAUGUGCCAUCUUUGUUGUUUCAUGUUUGACACAGUAAGUUUGUGGAAGCAGAAAAUAUUCACAUUUAUAAAGCUGAACAUGGAAAACGUUUCAUAAAAAUGCUCCUUAUUAGUUACAAAGACUGAUUAUCAAAAUAGUUUCUGGUUAUUUUUCUAUUGAACCCCUGAUUGAUCACCUGGCAGCCUUAUUGCACAAUAUGAACAUUACACCCAAAACUGGAUUCUUUUUUUUUUGUUUAUGAAAAUGCACAAAAGAAGUCAAACGUGACAUUGCCUCAGAGUAUGAUUUAUAGUGAAAGUAGAAUGUUUUACUCUGCCAUUGACUUAAAAGUGUAACACAAUGGUUACACCCUAAAACAGCAGGGUAAUAAAGGGUUGCCAUUUUCUUCUUAUCCAUUAGUCUCGAUAAGAUUGUAAAAAAAACCAACAACAGUCAAAGUCUAUUUUAUGUAUCUCAGAGUCUCUUUUUUUGUUCAGCAGCAACUUUUGGGCAUAUUCAGUAUAUUUUGAACUUUGUACAUAAGUAAAACGUAUACAGCCUACAGUGUAAUAUACUUUUUUUUUUCUAAAAAAAAACAAACGUAUUUCUUAUCUAUUUUAUCUAGAUUCAAGUACGAAUUAGAAAUAAAUUGUCAUGUAUUGUGACAGUUGUUUGUGUUUUACCUCAAAGUCAGUUUGAUAUAAAGCGGUCACAUUGGAUACUUUGAUAAACCUGAGAGAACCUGUACGUCUCCUGGCUUGACUGAAGUGCAUUAUCUCUUGUACAAGAUAUAACCUGCGAAUGGUUCCUUGUGUAAUAAAAGGCACUCGAAACACAGUGAAAAAAAAAUUUAUUAAAAAAAAAAUGGCAAGUUUGAAAUCAGACCAAAGUUUAAUAGCUGUAGGGAUUUUUUUUUCUUUUUUUUUUUCUAUGAAGGGAACAGAAGACCUGCAUCAUGGCACAAACAUUUACUGAGGAAAGGUUUGAUGCACAAAACAAAACCGAAAACUUCAUGGACAUCGCUGAACAUGAGUUAGAAACUGUCCCUAUGUGUGACAUGUUGAAUGACCUUCAGCUGAAAGAUGUUCAAAUACUUCCAUAAUUAGCAGCAACAGGUAUUUAGACUGAACAAGCCACCGCUCAGUUUUUGAAUUUCAAAUUAUGGAAUGACAAUGGAACAGAAAAUAGUGAUUAAAAGUUCAGACAUAUUUCUUUUCUUCAUAGAUGUUGCUUUGCUGUUCAGAGUAGUUUCAUAAAACAACAUUUGCAGUGCAUGAAAUCAAUUCCAGUCAAGAGGUCAAGCCCAACCAAGACCGAGUUGCACUUCACAAUCCCUUCCAGUGAAAUCUAAGGCAUUUCUGUGAAGUUUUAAUUUUCUCCUAGAAAUGAAAGUUUCAUGGGUUUUAGAAGAAAGAAAAACAGCUUCAAAGUAAGUUAACAAACAGGACGAGGUGGGACACGAAACUGAAACUGGAUGGAAUGGUGAAUCACAUCUAAAGCAACCCUAUGGUGUUGAUGUUAAAAAAAAAAAAAAAAA